AUGGCAUCUGCCAAAAAUGUGAAAGCAGAGUCAGCUAAGGCUCAUGAUCAUGACGCCUCCGAGGCAGCCUCCAUUGAUACCCAGCUCUCAACCCCAGGGGAGUUGGGGACUAAUGAGAACCAUCGUAUUUUCAAUGUAUACAACACCACCUCGUUCACAAACUAUAGAAUUUCCGAGUCCAACGACAAAACCACUCUUUACUACGUCAGAACGUCCACGUUUACCCCUGGGAAGCCAGAGCUAACCUUUCAUGUCGGAGAAAGGGGUGGCCCAGUCGUGGGAAUUGUCAACUUUCUCAAAUUCUCAUCGCAUUCAAAGGUUGGACUAGGGGAUCCAGCAGACAAUCUUAACAUGGUGUGGGAAGAUCUGAGAAAAGAGAGCUUCGACCACUCCAAAUACCGCUUUGAAAUGACGGUCAACGGAGUCAGAAAUGGAUUUCUCUGGAAAAGAACACGCAGCAUUGGAGUCGAGGGAUCCGUCCUUAAUAAAUUCAGCGAAUCAAAUUUCAAACUACUUGACGAAAAGACUGGUGAGCUGGUGGGAAUCUAUUCUACCAACGGCAUAAAAAGCAUCAAGAAGAUGGGAAAGUUUCAGCUGAACAAGAAUUACGGUUCCAACUUUGAUUGUAUGUUUCUUCUUACAGGGAUGACCUUACUUGAAAGGCUACAACGCAGAAAGCACGCGCGAGGCGGUGGAGGUGGCGGUGGAGGUGGAUGA